AUGACUCAAAACAAGACGUCACAAUCACAAUCACAAUUACAAUCACAAUUACAAUUACAAUCACAAUCUCAAUCACAAAUACAUUCGCAACCGCAGUCGCCAAAUUCGUUCGCGGCGCCACCCAACGUCUACGCGGGCCAGACUUUCGGUUGUCAAGCGUCUCCGAUCGCCUACGAGCCGUCGCUCGGGCAACAGAGUCCGUUGCGGCCGGUCUUCGCGAGCGGCAUGCUGAAAGCGCUCCAGACAACCGGUACCUCGGGCCUGCCGUCGGCUUGCACGCCGCUGCUCGAGACCGCGGUCCGUCAGGCCCUCACCGACUGUCUGCCCGGACUCGACUUCCGUCUCCAAGGCCAUCUGCUGGUGACGUGUCGCCGCCUCGGGCCGCACGACGGCCUCGAACCCGCCGGCACGUUGCUGCGUUUCGAGGACCUCGCCGCCUCCGCUUUCCCUCCACCGCCCGCGCCCGCGCCCGCAUUCGCCAUCGCCCCCCCCGUCGGACACGGUUACCCACGCAACGCACAGCCGGGCAUGUCCGGCCUCGACGUCACCGCUCCGCCAUCGCCCACGCACUUGAACUCGACGUCGACGUCGACGUCGACCUCGUUGUCCUCCUCCUCCUCCUCCUCCUCCUCUUCCGCCUCUUCCUCUUUCACGUCGUCGUCACGACGAAAACCGACGCACCCUUGCAAGUUGGUCACUCCGAGCAAGAGCGCCGUGGCGACAGGUCAAGUCGACGGCGAGACUGACGCCUUGUUCGACACGAACGGCGAGGCGAACGGCGACGGCGACGGCGACGGCGACGGCGAUAUCGGCUUUUCGGCGCAGGCCACGCGGUCGGGCGUCGCGUUGACCGCGUCGGCGCCGACCAGCCCGUCAGCCGACUCGGGCGUGCUCGACCUGUCGCGAGCCGGUUCACUGGCCGGCUCUGCGCCAAUCACGCCGUUGAAGGGCGUCGCCUCGAGUCCCGGCCUCGCGCCUCUCGACUCCGCCUUCGGGCCCCCCCUGCCCCCCCUGCCCGCCGCGGCCGACGCCGCGCAGGCCAACUUCAACCUGCUCGAACUGUACCAUCGCCAGCUGGUCGUCGGCCCCAGCCCCGCCCCCUGCCUCAACGUCUACUCAACCCCCCUCGCCUGCCCCCCCUCGACUGGCCAUCUUCUCAACACUUUCAAGGUCAUCUCCAAUCUCGCCUCCACCUCGCACCCAUCGCAACUGGCGCCCCACUCCCCGCCCGACGCCCAAGGCCGAUCGCCCCUCAAACUGCCUCUCCCCCCCGUCCCACCGCCCCUCUCGGCCGUCUCGACUCCGUCAAAGACGACGCCAACGUCAACGCCAGCCUCGACGCCCACGCCGACACCGACACUGACACCGACGCCAACUGGCACACCGACAGCCUUGUCGACACCGCGUCGGUGUCGUGUCACCUCGUGUGAGCCCAGCAACAAAUCGCGACGCAUGCACACACCCACCGACGUCAUCAUCAACACCACCAACACAACCGGCAACACCAACAUGAACACACUUGCAGCUGCCGCCGCCGCUGCCGCCGCCGCCGCCGCCGUUUCUGUGGGUCGGUUGGCGUCGCGACGUCACAAUUCAUCGCGUCGUUUUCCCUGCAACCAAUGCCGUGAAGAGUUUCCCUCGUUGCACGCUCUGGAACAGCACACGCUGGCCACACACGGCACGUACCGUUGCCACGUGUGCCGGGCGCAGUUCACACAACGCUCCAAUCUGCAACGACACGCGCUGAAACACGUCGGCUUCAAGCCGUUCGAGUGCCGCGUCUGCUCCAAGGCCUACUACCGCAAAGACCAUCUGAUGCGUCACAUGGAGAUGGGCCAUCCGGGCUUUGCGCCCCGCGACAACAUCACCGUCCAUCUUACGUCGUCCGAGAGCCUCGAGUUCCUCAACAAAUCCGGCUCCACUCGCUCCACCGGCAAGGCUACACCGCCGCCGCUUUUGCUCGCCGAUAUCGCCAACUACGACGUCGCCGUGGCGACCAACGACACUCCGAUGGAGACCGAGCACGAGCAGGCAGUGGACAGCCGUCAGGUGUGUCUUCAAGGCGGUGCCGGUGGCGAUGAGGUCAGAGGUCAACAACAGUCGCACGAACUGACGCGCAUGAAAGACAAGAUGGAGGUGGACGAAAUCGAGGCAGAAGAGGCAGAGGAGGAUGAGGAGGAAGAAGAAGAAGAAGAGAACGAGGAUGAGGAAGAAGAAGAAGAAGAAGAAGAGGAGGAGGAAGAUGACGAUGAUGAUGAUGAUGAUGAGGAGGAGGAGGAGGAAGAGGAGAGCAAAUUCAUGUCGAUACAAACGGAAGAGGAGACCUUCGAAGUGGCGCCAGCAGACAGCGGCCUCGUGACGGGUGACAUGAAAAGGGUGCUCAACUCGGCCGGCGUUGCGCAGAUUGGCAAGCCUCUUUUGUCCGAUUCUCUCGUCAGCCUGACAGCUUGA